AUGGCCAUUUGGCCCUUCCGCCGGAGGAGCGGUCGCAAACGCUCGCGAAGCGGCGCAAACCUGUCCGAUGUCGAAGCAGUAGCAGCAGCAGCACCACCACCACCAAGAAAUCUCACCCCUAAGGAUGCCUCACAUGACACUACGGACAGGGCGGCAACGCCGAAGAAACAGCGGCUCGAGCAGCGCCAGCAGUACCAGUACCAGUACCAGUACCAGCACCCCUCCAAGAAGCUGCACAGAGGGCCCCGUACCUACAGCUUCUCCCCCGGUCGCCACGACUCCAUCCGUCUCGCGGGGCAAAAAAGCUCGGGUCCACCGGUACCUGGCCGGCUAACAGGGCCCUUCCCAGCCGACCGAAAUGACGGAGAAGAAAAAGGGGAUCCCGCCUGGCAGCGGGCGCCAACCCUACAUAAUGCACGCCACGGCCAGAAGAAGGCCUCCUCCCGCAGGAAGUCAAGUAAGAGGAGGAGAGCAGAGACGGAUCGCGAGGCGGAAAUCAAGGCCAUGACGAACUUCGCGCCGGUACGGCCGGCGGCAGAGGACUGGACCUCCGGUCGGCCGAUAAGAAAGCAAAGCAAAAGAAUCAAGACGGGCCUCGGCUUCCGCAGGAGCUUCGAAAAUCCAGCAUCCGACGUCUCAUUACCGAUAUCGAUUCACUCGAGCAUGUCAUCCGAGUCCGAGAUGCACUCAUUCCGGGUGUCUGCCCUCGCGGCACUGGCACCGCGACCAACAUUACACUACGCCGUCUCUCCGAAAUGGGCUCCUGGGCAGAGCAGCUCAGGGCAACCCCGCCCGCAUCACCAGAAGAGAAAGGUUUCCGAGAGAGUGCCCGAGUCGGUGGUGAGGGCACACAAGAGGGUGAACAGCUUCGCCGACGACCUCGACGCCGCCGACCUCAGAGAGCUGAUGGAGAGAGACAAUAGAAGGAGAGAAAGAAAGAGGUUACGAGACCAGGAGAAGAUGGAGAAGCGGUUAACAAGAAGGGCAGAGAAGCAGCGUGAAAUGGAAGCGGAGGCGAGGCAUAGCGGCUCGCCACCGCCCAUGAACUUGGAGAGAGGAGUACUGGGCCGUGAAAUGGUGGGCCUGGGAAUUGACGACACAACGUCCGCAGUGGUAACAUACUCGAAGAGACGGGCGUCCAGCUCGUCAUCAUCAUCACAUCGACCGGCCAGGAUAUCGAUCGAGGAGCCGCCGGCGGUAGUGGCGCCUCAAGCAGAGCCUAUGGAGAUUGACCACCACCACCACCACCACCUCGACUUGCACCGAACGUCCAGUAUCCAGCCCGAUGUUCCUCUGUCGGGGCCAUCGCCCGAACCCGUUAUGGAACGUAAGCCAAGCACGAAAUUGACGCCCAAGGGAAGCAUGAGACUGAGACGGAGUUUCCUGCGGUAUAAGAAAUCACGGUCGCGGUCGCCGAACGCACCGGAUGACGAGCACACCGUCUCGCCGCUGUCGUCGAGACAGGACGACAUGAACCCCAAGGCCUCCGAGUCCAGCAGCCGUGCUCGUCUCUCAUUUUCAGCCCUUUUCCGAUGGGGCAACAGGAAGAGGAGAAACUCGGGACCUUCGUCAUUCUCAAAUACUUCGCGCGAGGAGAUGCAAGCCGCCGCAGCCCAUGCACAGACACUGUCUCGGGCGCCGCCGGCGGAGGAAGCACAAACGGUAUCGCAAACGGUACCGCCAACGACUAACUACAUUCCCCGGAAGGUCAGCUCCGGGGUGCCCAAGCGUACCAGGUCUCGCUUCAGAGAAGAUCUGCCAGAGCUCCCCGUCAACGCUCCCGAGCUUCCCCUCAGUCCCCCGGACUCACGCAUGGGGUCGCCGGAAGCGGAAGAGCCCUUACCCGCCGUCUCAGAGGCCAGAACGGUAGAAAACGCCCUCGACGACUCUCCCGCUGUCGUGAGGCACGACACUCCCACCUCUGAAAUCCGCCGCGUCGACGAAAAGAUGGAGAGACUCGAGAAGAUGAGGCAGACACCUACUUCCCUGCGUCACAGCAUCCAGCCCUCGCCCGAGCCCGUCUCGCUGGCGUCCAUCGACUCGGAGGCCUCGUGGCUCUCGGGUCGCAUGAGCAACCGCCGAUCAUCCGGCAUGCGGGCCCGGGCCAGCAUGCAGCGCUUCCAGCAGCGGAACCGAAGCAACUCGGUGUCCGGCAACGACACGGAGGAGGAGCUCGCCGACGACGAGUACCUCUCUAACCUGGCCACGCCUUCGCGCGAGAUGCUCGCUGAUGAGCGCACCCCUCGCAAGUCGACGGGUGACGCAUUCCCCAGCAGCGACGAGGAAGAACUGAUGGACGACGGCGAUGUGAAGUGGGGUUCGGUCGAAAGGCAGCGCACGACACCCGUUGUGCAGCGUCAGAGAAUCAUGAGCCACCAGGGCCAGCUCAACGUGUUUGUGGACGACAGCCAAUCUUCGGGCGACAACUCGGACGGCGAGGCGCCCAAGCUCCAGCGCGCCACGAGCGUGAGCCUCAGCAAGGGCCCCGUCAGGCAUGUGAGCUCGGGAAGCACCAAGAUGCUCGAGGUCUCGCCCCGCACGAGCGUUGACCAGAGGAGGACCAGUGAUGCUGUUUACUAA